GACAAUAUAGAAUAACGAAAAAAGCUCCAGUAGCAGAACUCGAAUUAGACAUAUUAUAUUUCUUGUUUGGAGUUUUUUGCCUCUCCAGMUGAGACCACAGCCUACUGAAAGCUGUAGAAAUUCAUAAGAAAUCGCGAAAUGUCUAUAUUCAAGCAAAAUAGAAUAUUUUUCGUAGCCUUUUGAUCAAAAUUCUGUUGACAGUGUUAGCCAAAAUAAUGAAAUACCACUAGCAGGUUAACCCAUGAUGGACAGUCACUAUGACAACCAUCCUUUAAAGACGAUUUCGGGUCUAUUGUUAAACUGUUUCCGAAGUAGGUAACGCGUUUUAAAACAUAAUGGCAAGUAGUAAGUCGAGGCGUCUUUCGCGGGGGAGAAAGUUCCUUUACGAACAAGAAGUCGAACAAAUAAUAGAAGAAGAAGCAAACUCCAUAAAAUCCUUGAUUACAUCGUUACCCAUAGAUGAUAAGUUGAAACUGAAGAUUGCGAGAGAGUCAAACUUAGUGGCGGUGUUAAAAGACCUCGAAGAAUACAGUACAGGAGUUUGUCUAAUUAAGGUGGAUUCGCCGGAUUCUUCACAGCAUCAUCACGUCGGGAGUGGGUUCCACAUAAGAGAUGGAUGGGUACUCACUACUUCUAACGUCAUUCGCAACCGAGACCAACUCAAGAACGCCUCUUUCAUGUUUUCUUCAGCUGAAGGAAYGGCUUGCUUUGAGGCAAGAGACGACCGCAGGGCGUUUGUUCACAGAAUGCUGCCACCUGGACGCCGUCCAGAUUAUCACAACCGUGACCUGACUUUGAUCAAGCUUGGAGUACAAUUCACAAGAAGGAGAAGGAAAGAAGAUAUUACAGCGUGGGAAAAUGAGGAACAAGCGCUCUUAGAAAGCCAUAAGCCGUUCAGUUUCCUAAACUUGAUGACAAAUAAACUGGGCCUUGUUUCCGCCACAGAUACCAAACCUCAUGAAGAAGAUAUCCUUUGCACUGUAUAUCAUGCAAUGGAAAACGACCAAGACCAGAAACGAUUUCAUCUCGGAUUCAAGGUGUCCCGUGUUUACCAAAUCCUGGAUCUCGGAAUGUACGACUUUUCUGGUGGUUUUGAGGCGACAAUGACAGGAUGCCCAGUGCUUGCAUUCAGAAGUGGUCAGUUCUCUUUCUUGGGCGUAUUUCUUCCUGGCUCAAGCCAUAAAGAAGGUACAGGAAACGUUUUUUCAUAUAUCGGGCAAGCUCUACUUUGGCAAGAACAGCUAGGAAGACACAUUGAAUCCGGGAUCAAAGCAAUGGAAAAUAUGCCAAAAAUUGUGGCGUAUUCCCUCGAUAUUCCGUUCAACGAGAGAGCAAAGUUGGUGAUGGAUAAAAAUGUCUACCAGGCUGCCGAGCUGGCAUUAGAGCACAGAGUUUUGAUCUUGUACUGAGCCGGAUCAGCAAACUGAACRUUGCAUUCAAUUUACCUUGUAAUUUGAUUAGUAAUUGCAGAACAUACGAUUGAAAAUUAAUCAGAACAUAGYGUCAAAAUAUCAAAGAUAAAGUUGAUAUAGAUGGACAUAGCAGUCAGUGAAUGGUAUYGUAAGGGAGAGGUGAUUUAAAAAAUAAUUACAGAUCUUUAUAUUAUUAACCAUGAAUUUAAACUAACUGAAUGAGAUAAAUUAAACUAGAUUUGUUUCAAUGGGUAUUAAUUCUUAAUCACGAUGAUUGUAAAACUACUUAUUUUCCAAAAAUAAAAAGCAAAUGAAACUGAGAAAAAUGAAAAAUCAAGGCGAUUUGCAAAACCCCAAGCUUUCACCAAAACUGAAAAGCAAUCGGCUUGUGGUCAACCACAAUUUCUAAUCAUUUCUAGCCUCAAGUCAUUUAACCAAGAAAUUGUCAUUAUAUGCGCUUAGGAAAGGAGAAAAUUACAACACUUGGCUUUGGAACGCAUYUCUCGCUCUAAGAUUAUUGGUAGAAGUAGCUUGAAUGAACGAUUCAGUUUAAUAAACAGGUAUCUGGAA